GGGGGCGGUCGCCGGCGCCAUGUCCGGGGGCUUCGAGCUGCGGCCGCGCGACGGCGGCCCCCGGGUGGCCCUGGCGCCCGGCGAGACGGUGAUCGGCCGCGGGCCGCUGCUGCGAAUAACAGACAAGAGAGUGUCCAGAAGACAUGCCAUUCUUGAGGUGGUCGGUGGUCAGCUUCGAAUCAAACCGAUACACACAAAUCCAUGUUUUUAUCAGUCUUCCGAGAAGAGCCAGCUCUUACCAUUGAAGAAAAAUCUAUGGCGCUGGUUGAGUCCUGGAGACAGUUUUUCUUUGCUAAUCGACAAAUACAUUUUCUGUGUUUUCUCUACACACUCUGAAACAGAAAUGGAAUGUACUUUAAGGAAUAGUCAGAUGCUUGAUGAAGAUAAUACAGUGAGUGGUACAUCAAAAUCUUUCUCGGCUCACUCACCUGAUGAGACAACGGGUGCCCCACAGCUGGAAAGAAGCACAGAAGUAGCUGAGACCCAAACUACUACUGCAAAUAGUGAGUGUUUCCUAGGUGAGCAUAGAGAGCUCAGUAAGCAACAGUCAAACCCUGCCGAGAGGAGAAGAAUCCUUCCAGCAUGGAUGUUAACGGAAGAUCCAAGUGAUCAGAACCGUUCAGUGCCAGUCAGCAGCGAGGAUAAUACUGUAAUCCAGGGAAGUAGAAAAGAAGGAAUCUGCAAAGAUAAAACUCAAGUAAACAUAACACAGCAAGGAGGAAGAAAGCGAUUCAUUUCAUCAGAAAGUACAUCAGCAGAGCAAGACAUGGGGAAAAAGUACAAAAAUGCUGAUCAAGAAGAGUCUAUCAUUUCAUCCAAGGAAAUGCUGCGAUCAUGUUCUGUGAUCACGUCACGUAAUGCAGAAGUGAAUGAUAUGAGGGCUAGUACACAGAGAAAUGAAAUCCCAGUAGAGGAGCUUGGUAGGGUUCCCGAACGUAGAAGUAUUGUGAAAGGAAGGCGAAGUAAAGAAGGCGAGGUGAUGAGCUGUUCUGAGAGUCCCUUGAGUGCCCAGGGCAAGUCCUCCCAGGAGGAGUCUCCAGGAUCUCCUGAGUCCAGCUCUGACCCCUCCAAUCCUGAAACGUUGAGUGCAAAGACAACCGAUUCAGCUGCACAAGGUUCUGAAGAAAACAAGAUCAAGAGGACAUCCUGCAUGUAUGGGGCAAAGUGCUACAGGAAGAAUCCUGUCCACUUUCAACACUUCAGUCACCCUGGUGAUGGUGAUUAUGGAGGUGUACAAGUCAUGUGUCAAGAUGAGGCUGACGACCGGCCGGAAUGUCCCUAUGGAGCAUCUUGUUACAGCCUAGAAGCUGGAAGUCACAGAUCUUUUAGGUCUUUCUGGAUGUCCCACAAGGAAGAAUCCCCAGCACAAGAUAGAAUACAGACAUAGUACACUUCCGGUGAGAAGCACGUCAGAUGAAGACGGCGAUAACGGUGGGCAGCCCAAUGAGUGCGGCCUCAAGGACAGCUUUGUCGGUGAUGAGGAAGAGGACUAUGAACCCACAGAUGAAGAUUCUGACUGGGAACCAGAACAAGAAGACCAGGAGCAGGAAGAUGUAGAGGAGCUUUUAAAGGAAGCAAAAAAGUUCAUGAAAAGGAAGAAGUAACUUUUUUCAGCGAUGAUAUUUGGCUCACGUUUAGUCUUUACGGAAAAAAAUCAGGAACUAAGGAAGCACUUAAGUGACCAUUGUUUUCCUUCUUUUUAUGGUCGUGACUUUGCUGUGGACUCUUCGCGAAGGAAACGCUGAUACGUCGGCCCUCAGUGUAGCGGAUGGAGUUUGUUUUUGUUGCCUUGCUUUUUCUGUCCUGUUUAAAGCAUCUGGAAAGAGGAGGCAGAGAGUUAAAGAGAAAUAAGUGAUAUUUUUCAUAUACUUUGUGUGUUGGGAAUAAACAGAAAGCCAUAGGUCGCACAAAGCUUUGGCCCUGAUCCUUUUUUCCAAAGACCCUCGGUUCGUGGACCGCGAGGCAAGCGGAAGCCGGCCCACCACGGCACGGGCACGGAGCCUGCCUCCUUCCUUGCUAUGAAGCAAUUCUUCUGGCAGAACCAGGCUUUGGAAAAUGACAGCCUGUUAUUUUUCUAGUGCCCUGGAUAUGAGCUUUAUGACCUCAUUCACUACUUUUGUUCUUUGAAACUUGGGGAAAUUAUUAUCAAAUGGCUGCUGAGAAUGUAUUCAGCUGGACCGUAGAACUGUUCACCAUAUGCCGGGAAUGUUGCCUUGUGCCUCACGUCAGUAAUUUACUCUGUGUCUGAAUUUAAAAGUAGGAAAGUCCAAAGGAUUUGACACUUUAUUUUUUCAAAACUAAAGUCCUGCGUAGUUAUUUUAACUCCCUGUGUUCUGUCUCUACAUUAAAAGAUACAAAAAUUAUUUUUAACCGUAAUUCUCAGAUGCCAUUGGCUCUCUUGUCCUCAGAUAAAGGCAGCAAGCUGUCUGCUAGUGUUCAAGAUUCUGGGCUUUUAUUUCAAGAAGAAACCCCUUAUUCUCCAAUUUUAUGAAGUAUAUAUCUCUGUUCUCAAACUACUUUAGGCCCCGUAAUACUCUUCAUUUUAGGUGACUUAGAAUCUUUGAAAUCCAGUUUAGAAUCUUUCAUAGCAGUUGGGUAUGUGAGCGCCGCGGUAGGCAUAGUAUUGACGUCAUAAAUUGCUAUGCCAAAAGUGUCCUUGCUAAACACUAAUAUUUUCUAAGACAACCUAGAAAUUUAUAUCUUAAAAGGGCAAGACGGAUUUAUAAUGGUUUUCUCAGUGUUUCUGAAUGUCUUUCAGAGUUAAUUGUGUAAUAUUAAAAUUAGCUUAAGCUGCCCAAGACAAGAUAAAUAUUUCUUCAGACCUAU